UUAUGUAAGAUAAUGAAAUAGACAUCCUCAUAUAAGUUCCAGAAUUUAAGAAAAAUGAGGAUUAAGUCUAAUAUAGAGUUCAGUAAAAUAUAAAACAUAAUAAUAAGCUUUUUAAACUAAAAAUCAAAUACAGAAUUCGAAAAUAAUUACAGAUAUUCAGAACUUAAAAGAUUUCAUUAAACACUUGAAACAUUAAAAACAGAAUUACCUACUUUCCCAAAAUCAUAUUGGUGGAAAUCUGUCAAUUCUAAUUUUUAACUUAUAGAACAAAGAAGAUAAUUACUUGAUUCUUAUUUCCAAAAUUUGAUCUAAAUUAAAUUAGUUCGAGAAUCUUUGAUUUAUAAAAACUUUGUAUUAGUUGCUUUAAAAGAAAAUAAUAAAAAAGUAUAAAAAGUAAAUACAAAUAAUAAAUAAUAAGGAGAACAAAGAGAAAAGAUAGAGAUCUGAGAAUUAAAUAAGAAAAAAUACAAAAUAAUUAGGUUAAUUCAUUACUCCAAUUCCAAAUCCUGUUAAUUUACCACCUACUCCUGAAGAUAAAAGAUCUUAAUCUAUGGAACAUAUACCAAAAACUUGUUAAUAAAGAAAUGAAAGGAAAAAGAGUAGUAAAUAAUAAUAAUCACCUGUAUAAUAAUAAUAAUAUUAUUUAGAUACUUAAUUAUGGUGGAUCAAAAAUAUUUAGAGGUGUAUUAUCAAAUGCUGCUAAAUAAUGAGUU